CACCAUGAUUGAAGUCGCUAAGACCGAGGCUAAGACAGAAUUUGGACGGACACUUAAUUAGAAGCCCGAGAGACCCGACACCCACUUCCACCACCAACUCAGAUCAUGAACCACGGAAUACCAGCUGUCAGCAAUCAGCCCCAAAGAGGCUACCCUUCUCACCAUGUGAGUAGAACAAGUACGACCCAUGGAUAUCGACCGCUGGAUAUUAUGCCUCCCACGUGGACAGAUCUGUGGUGGGGCUCUGAAAUGUUUUCCUCCCCCUAUCACCACUGCUGACCUGUACAUUCCUGCACCCUUAUCC